CGAACGCAUUUCUGUCGUUUAGAAACUUCAUCGUUUUAUCAUUUCAUGAUUUUCUAGUGCCAAUUACCAGAGCACAUUUCAGUAUUAUUGUAUUUCAGUGGUCAGUAUCAAAUUCUAUAACCUAUAUGACGAUCUGCACAUAAUUUUAUAUUAUUAUUCAUAUUUAAUAAUAUAUAAUAUUGACAUUUUAUUCCUAAAAAGUUAAAAUAUAACAUGAUAUUAUCUGUUUGAAAUUAUUCUAAAUUAAUUACAAAAGUGGUAAUCUUUGUACAAAGCAAUAAUUUGUUUUCCACUGAGUAUUAUUACUUAUUAAAAAAUAUGUCGGGGAAAGGAAAGCAGAGUUCUAAAAAGGCUGUUGUCAAAGUACGUGAAUCUGGAAAAACGGCACAGGCUUCUGUGGCAAGCUCUGAUGCGAGCUCCGAAGUAUCAGAACCAACAACUUCUCAGUUCCUUCUAAAGACAAUUGACAAUAGUCGACAUUUGCCAAGAUAUACUAGUAUCUUAAAGCGUACAGCAGAAGAGGGUGUUGUUACGGAAGAUCUUGACACACUGCAACUGGAACUCGAGACUCUCCUAUCGGCAGUUGUUGUACGUCAUCGCACACUUCAGGAUGAAAUUACCAACUUGUUUUCAGCAGAAGAGCGAGACAGAAGAGACAGAAGAUCGAAGAGUGGAAAGAGUUUGUCCCUAAUUGAUAAAAAGGUGCGUGAAGAGAAAUUGAAGCCAAAGGAGAUCAAUACUAAGAGUCAAUCACCCUUACAUACAAAACUCUUUAAACAAAAGACAGUAGGAGGUUCAGCCAAUCAAACGGUACCAAAUUUACAUGAAAUUUCAAGAAUUGAAGGAUCUAAGUCUGAUGCACCAAAACUGCCUUUACCUAAGAAUGAUACUCCCAACAAAUUCUGGGCAUCAGUAGAUCCCUACUGUACUGACAUCAUGCCUGAUGAUAUUAAGUUAUUAGAGGAACUGAUUGCUACGCAUGGCGAUAUAAGUGAAUUUAAGAAGAUUCCUCCUUUAGGUCGUCAUUAUAGUUUAAUGUGGGCACAUAAUGAUUUAUUGCAGGAAGAAGAUGCAGCUAAUCCAAAUAGAGAAAAGAAAAAGAAUCGUACUGAUAUGUCGCAUUUACUAACCAAGAGUGAUAAAAAAGCUAAUAGCAUUGCAGGACCCCUUACACAGAGAUUGGUUUCUGCUCUUUUGGAAGAAAAUGUAUACAUUGCAAGUAAUAACAUGGAAAACAAAUUAUUUCGAGAUGGCGAUCCGCCUGUCUUGAGAGAUCUAACUAUCCAGAAUUCCAUGAACCUGGAGAUAAGAAUGCAUAAAGAACUGGUUGAGCAAGGUAUUUUGGAACCUGAUGCACAAAAGAAAAAUCAAGAGGACGAUGAAAUUCUUGCAGAAAUUAAAAGAUGUCAGCAUGAACUUUCUGCAUUAUCUAAUCAUAAUGUUACACAAUUGAAAAGAUUGUUAAAUCUGGCUCAAGAAGAAAGCAAAAGACAAACAUUGAAACGAAAAAUUAGCAUUGCGGACAAUGAGGUAAUAGAACAUUAUAAAAAAUUGAUUCUGGCGAAACAGGGAAAAGCUCCAUUAUCGAGAAAGGAUCAAGAAAAAGCGUGGGCGUGUCUUCGAGAAAGAGAAAAUCUUUUAGAACAAUUAAGCGUUACCAAAUAGCUCACAGAUAUAUUUAAACUAUCUAAUGAUUAUCAUCAAAAUUAUUCAUUGCGGUCUUUAAAACGAAU